GAUAUGUUUAUGUAUGCACCUACACACUAAUUCAAAAUUUAUAUUGAAUAAUAUUUCAAAGCUACCUUAUAUUAUAUCAUUCAAAGAACCAUUACUAUAUGAAAAUUGCAUCAAAAAAGUAUUAAAAAAUGUUGGAAAAAACCAUAAAAAGUAAUGUCAUAGCGUGUUAUAACCUUAUUUGUAUGUUUCAAGGUCUGCAUUUAUUUUAAACACACGUUAUAGGCACUAUUAUUAACAUUCGAGUACCAUAAAUCCUUACAUCCCACUCAUUAAGUCAUCAGUUUAUAGUUGGAUUGCCUUGGGGAAAAUGUCUCAACACAGAGUAUCUGAUGUCAUCGGUGUGCUGAAAGGAAUUAAAGCAGUAACUGGUGCUGCUAUAAAACAUCAAGAACAGACAGUUAAACAUAUAAUAGAGACUUCAAGCUUAAAAGCUUGUGCAGAAAAAUGUAUAAAGGAUAACACAAAGAAUUUGGGUAAUAUAAAACCAAGUAAGGUUCCUAGUCAAGUAACAGAACAGUUGAAAGAAGUAGCAGAACGGAUAAAUGUUGUUGAGAAAGGGAUAAUUGAAUUUAUGAGAUUAAAAACUAAUGAAAUCCUUGGAACACCAUUUGGUGAAAGUACUGCUGUAAAACCUAGCAAAUCCAAGCUAUAUGUUUAUAAUCUUUCUAAAGAUCCUAAAGAAAUAUCAGUUGAGAUGGAUGUUGCUAAUAUUAAAUCAGAAUCUGUAAGCAGCAUACAAGAAAAACAAGAUAAAUCUGUUGUAAAGAAGUAUACAACUGUAAAAGAAAAAAUUGAAACAAUAUCUAAGUUGGAGAGUGAAAUACCAAAGAUUGAACUUUCAGAAAAAGAUAAAGAAAUUCUAAGGAAAUUAGAAUUAGAACAUGAACAAAAAAUACAAAAACAAAGUAUAAAGCAAGACAAUGCAUCAGAAACUCACUCUGAUGUAAUAGAAGAUAAAAAUAUAAAUAUAGGUCCAGAAAAACCUAAAGCUAAGCCAUCUGUUAGACCAAAACAGACUCUUUCACCUAAUGCAAAAGCCCAGAAAGUUCCAGCUACCAGAUUUCAAAGAAUGGUAAGCUUUGGAACAUUAGGACUUGGUUUAGGUGUUGGAACAGUUGCAGAGUAUACACGCAGAACACUAGGAUUCAAAAAGCAAAGUGUUGGAGAAACAUUUGACAGCAUGUUUCUUACCAAAGCAAAUGCUGAAAGGAUAGUUUCAACUCUGUGUAAAGUAAGAGGUGCAGCUUUAAAAAUUGGACAAAUUUUAAGCAUACAAGAUGAAAGCAUAAUUAAUCCUGAAUUACAACAAGUUUUUGAACGAGUUAGGCAAAGUGCUGAUUUCAUGCCAAAAUGGCAAGUUGAAAAAGUAUUAGCUAGUGAACUUGGGCAUAAUUGGAGAAGCAAAUUAGCUACAUUUGAAGAAAAGCCAUUUGCUGCUGCUUCAAUUGGUCAGGUACACCAUGGUACAUUAUUAAAUGGGCAAGAUGUUGCAAUAAAAAUCCAGUAUCCUGGUGUAGCUACAGGCAUACAAAGUGAUGUUGAAAAUUUAGUAGGCAUAAUGAAGGUUUGGAAUAUUUUUCCAAAAGGUAUGUUUAUAGAUAACUUAGUGGAAGUAGCAAAGCGAGAACUUGCAUGGGAAGUUGAUUAUAUUCGAGAAGCCGAAUGUACAAGGAAAUAUAGAAAACUUAUGGAACCUUAUCCGGAAUAUUACGUUCCUGCUACGAUAGAUGAAUUGUCAACAAACCAGAUUUUUACAACUGAGAUGAUAGAAGGUAUUCCGGUAGAUAAAUGUACGAACAUGGAUAUGGAAACAAGAGAACACAUUUGUAAAUUAAUUAUGCGUUUAUGUCUUAAUGAAUUAUUUGUUUUUCGAUAUAUGCAAACCGAUCCGAAUUGGUCGAACUUUUUCUACAAUACUGAUACGAAACAAUUAAUAUUGUUAGACUUCGGUGCAUGUCGAGACUAUGACAAAUCGUUCAUGGAUAAAUACAUUGAAAUAAUUUAUGCUGCGAGUGAAGGUGAUCGUGAUAAAAUUUUAAACUUAUCUAAAGAAAUGGGAUUUCUUACAGGAUAUGAAUCUAAAAUCAUGGAAGAGGCUCAUAUAGAUGCAGUAAUGGUUUUAGGUCAAGUAUUUGAUAAAAAUCAUAAAUAUUAUGAUUUUGGUGGACAAGAUGUAACUAAACGAAUGCAGGCAUUGGUUCCAACAAUAUUGGACCAUAGACUUUGUCCUCCACCUGAAGAGAUAUAUAGUUUACACAGAAAAUUGUCAGGCUUUUUCUUAUUGUGUGCUAAACUUAAAGUUAAAAUAAAUUGUCGUGACAUGUUUCGUGAAGUAUAUACAAAUUAUAAAUUUGGAUGAUUUAACUUAUUUGUAAAUAAACACAUUAGCUCUAAUUAUACAUUAAUUGCUAAUCAAAUAUAAAUAUUUUUACAUAA